UCCUGCAUUCCUCUCCUUCCCGUUCCUUGCCCCCCCUCCCUUCCCACCAUGUCUGGCCACACCACCAACUUAAGGCUCAAGCUGCCCCUGUUCUGUGUUUUCCUUCAGUUCCUGACAAUCCUCCUCUUUGCUACUUUUGUCUGUUAUGACAACCAAACAAGUGCCAAGUUAUGGCACGAGGAGCAAAAAGUCCGCAACAAAAGCCACCCGGACCACGAAUUUUACUUGCGCUACCCAAGCUUCCAAGAUGUCCACACCAUGAUCUUUGUUGGCUUUGGAUUUCUGAUGACCUUCCUGAAACGGUACAGCUUUAGCAGCGUGGCCUUCAAUUUCCUGAUAGCUGCCUUUGCCAUCCAGUGGUCUAUCCUCAUCCAGGGUUUUUUCCAUUCUUUUCACCAAGGCAAGAUCUAUAUUGGAAUCGAGAGCAUGAUCAAUGCCGAUUUCUGUGCCGGAGCUAUCCUCAUCUCCUUUGGAGCUGUCCUUGGGAAGACCAGCCCCGUCCAGCUGCUGCUCAUGGCCUGGCUGGAGGUCAAUCUCUUUGCCAUUAAUGAACACCUCCUGCUUAAUGUCCUUGGGGCCAAGGAUGCAGGAGGCUCCAUGACCAUCCACACCUUCGGGGCCUAUUUUGGACUGAUGACCUCCCGGGUCCUUUACCGGCCUCACCUGGACAAGAGCAAAGAACGGGAAGGAUCCACAUACCACUCAGAUCUCUUUGCUAUGAUUGCCCAUUCUGGCCUCCAAGCUGAAAAUCCAGGACACGUGUGGAGUCCCCAACUUCUGGUUACAGCUCUGGCCACUCAUGAUACCUACGGAGAAGGGCUGACCGAUGUCUUUCCCCUCAUUGCUGAUGGGAGUCGGACUGCUGUGUACCAAGGUGUCUUCCAGCUGAUUGGCUUAUGCGUUACUCUGGGAAUCGCUGUGAUAGGUGGAAGCCUUGUUGGGCUCAUCCUGAAGAUGAAAUGCCUUGCAGCUCCCCCUGACACACAAUGCUUUGACGACCAAGUCUACUGGGAGAUACCUGAGGAUCAUCACGAUGGAUUUCAGUGCUUGCAGGGUGCGAAGGAACUGGACAGAGACACGAGGGCCUGACAGGACUCAUCCAGGGUAGCCACAAGGCAGGGGGCAGAAGGAGCAUCGCCGGAUCCGUUGCGUCUUGAUGACCCUGACCAUCAGGAGAAGUUCUCAGAAGGCCUUUUAAGCAGGUCCAAAUGCCAGAACGUAUUGCCUCGGUGCUUCCUUGCUAAAACCAGGAGGUGCUCAGGCUCAUGGCUUUGGAAGGCUCAACCUCUGGUCUGAAAACCCAGCCAGAUGGAUGGGCUGUAAUUGCUCAACGGAGAUGAAAACAGCAUUCCGCGCAUGAACAGAGAGGCAGCCCCACAUGUUUGUGAGCUUCACCGUAUCUGUGGUUCACUGCAACGGAGUCUGGCGCUCGGGGUUAUCUUGAAAUAAGACUGUGACUGUUUGGACAACCCAAGAGCCCCAGAGCAAGUCUGAUCUCUGGUCCAAUGAGUGACACCUGACAGUAUCUCACAUGAAGACACAUGAAGCUGCCUUGUGGUGAAUCAGACCAUUGGUCUAUCAAGAUCAGCAUGGCCUGCUGAGACUGGCAGUGGCUCUCUGGGGUCUUGGGCAGAGAAACGUCUGUCACAUCACCGAAUGCCUGGUCCUUUACACUGGAUAUGCUGAGGGUUGAACCCAGGACCUUCUGCAUGAAAAGCAGAUGCUUUCCCCCUAAGCCAAUGUCUCACAUUGUUCCAUGGAUGGAACAGGCAAAUGUAGGGUUCUCUCUCUCUCUGUGUGCAUGUGUGCAUGCGUGUGUGCAUGUACACACACACACCAGCCAGCAAAGAUCUCAACAUGAAUGUCAGAUGGCUGCCAUCUUUUUUAAAAUUAAAAUAAAUUUUAUUUAAUGCCUUCUCAAAGCACAAUACCACCAAUAUCAGAAAAGGCUCAUAGCAAUACAUAGUAUGUUGGCAGCAUGUGGAGAAACAUGGCUGCCAUCUUGAUGGCAUUCCAGCACUAAGCU